CCCCGCGACCGGCCCGGCCCGGGAGCGGCGGGGCCGCCGCGGGGAAGGAGAGGCCGAGGGGGCGGGAGAGAGGGAAUAAUCCCGGACGGUGCCGGUGCUGUCGCCGCAUCCCUUUUGUUAUUUAUCGCGGUCGGGGAAGAGGAGGAAGAAAAGCGGGGGAGAGGGCACUUUCCCCCUCUAAAACCGACCGGCCGAAGCCGCCGGUGCGCUGCAGCCGCUGCCCCGGACAAACGGGCGGAGGAGGACUUUGAUGGGGAAACGCUUUUUCUCCCCUGAUGCAUCGUAAGUAACUUAAGUUGUUAUUUAUACUCCGCAAACAAACACGACAGUAUAACAUCUCCCAUCUCUGGAGCGCUGGAGGCCGCGGCGAGGGAUGAGAUCUGCCUUUCCCUAUUCGAGCAGGACACUUUUUCGCUCGUAAUUAAUUUUAUUUGAUUUUGAUUUUUUAAUUUUUCCAUGCUCCGCUCCCGGAGGGUCAUUUGAACUGUAAAGGAAUCGCCGAGGGGGCGAGGGGACCUGGAGAGAGAGGCUGUCCAAACGACUCCACCGAGGCUCCUCCGCCCCCUCCAAGAUGAUGCUUAGCCCGGACCAAGCUGCCGACUCCGACCACCCCUCCUCGGCGCCCUCCGACCCGGAGUCCCUGGGCGGCGCGGACGCCCAGGCGCUCAGCUGCUGCGUCUCAGACCCGGAGCCCGCCGAGGGCGGCGGCGGCGAGGGCCGGGGCGGCGGCGGCGGCGGCGGCGGCGGGGAGAGCCGCGGCGGGGGCCGGCCGGGGCUGCACCCGCCGCCUCUGAGCCGGGAGGAGAAGCGCCGGCGGCGCCGCGCCACGGCCAAGUACCGCUCGGCCCACGCCACGCGUGAGCGGAUCCGCGUGGAGGCCUUCAACCUGGCCUUCGCCGAGCUGCGCAAGCUGCUGCCCACCCUGCCCCCCGACAAGAAGCUCUCCAAGAUCGAGAUCCUGCGCCUCGCCAUCUGCUACAUCUCCUAUCUCAACCACGUGCUGGACGUGUAGCGCCCGACGGACGCCCGGAGCCCCGGGACCCGCAGUCCCGCCGCCCCGGGUCGGGCCGCGGCGGGCAGCGCCUUCCCAGGGGCGGGCGGCGGGGCGGGGGGUCCCCGCUGCUUGCGCUCUGCCCCCGGAGGGCCCCCGCCCGGUCGAGAGCCCGCUUUUCGAAGAGAACUGUAUAACCGGAUUGUCUCUUCAGGCUGUCAAGUGCCCCUUUAUAUAUAUCCAAAAACAUCUACUUGUGACCUUAAACGUGUGACCCAUGGGUGCAGUUAAAAAUAACUAUUUUUUAUUUAUGGUAGAAGGAGUUGACAAUUUAUUUUUUUCAAGAUUUAUUUAUUUUUCAGAGUGGUGGCAAUUUUACUUUGGAUACUUUGUGCCAAUUGGUUUCUAUAGUCGGGUGUUUACACUUUCUCCUGUGGAAUAUUCUGUUUGACUUUAUGAGUGUUUGUUGGGAUCAAUACAGUGUUCAUUUUCUUUUCUUUUUAAUUUAUUUUUUCCCUCCAAUUAUAUUGCACUUGUGUACCACAAACCUCCCCUCCCUCCUUGUUUAUAAGUAUAUUUUAUAUAUAUCAAGGCAUUUGUUCUUGACCUUUUUUCUUUCUUUCCUUGUGUGGGAUCAACAACCACUAGCACUUAACUAGGAGAGGUUUUUUUUAAAACUUGUUGUUCUUCUGAUCAAUAGUUACGUCUGAAAAGUACUUUGCAAAUCGUUUAUAAGGGAAGUAGUUUCUUUGUGGGUGUAUAUGUGCGUGUGCGUAUACAUGCAUGUGUGUGGGAGUGAGCGUGGGUGUGUAUGUGUGUGGUAUAUUUUUAGGAAAGGACAUUUUUUCCUAAAAAAAAAAGAAAAAAAAAGAAAGAAAAGUAAAUCCAGGACUGCUUUCCUUUGUGACAACCAAAAAAAUUCUAUAACCUGAAAAUGUUUCAUGUUCUUUGCUGUGAAUCUCUUAAAACAAGAAGCGCAUUUUAGAGACAAAAGAGAAAAAGAAAAAAAACACAUCUGCUAUCCAAAGAUUUUAGUCUUUUUCAGGGUUUUUUUGUGUGUCUAUGUUGCUUUAUAUAAUGCAAUAUUUUGUAGUGAAAAUAGAUAAAUCUGGUUUCUAUCUGAUGCGUUUUUCAUAUCUCUCAUGAAUGGUGAGCUGUUUUGCAUAUAAAUAAAAGUAUCAAAUAAAAGCUGUUUUUUCCUAA